UACAACGGCCUCGAACUUCUCGCACUCAUCUUCACCACCUUCAAGCACCGUCGAGGCCUCUACUUCUGGAGUCUUCUACUCGCGGCAUUUGGCGUCGUGCCAUACACCCUCGGCUGGCUGAUUGACUACUUUGAUCUGGUCGUCAGGUAUGUCGGCAUGGCCAUCUGCAGCGCCGGCUGGGUGCUCCUCAUCACUGGACAGUCCGUCGUGUUGUACUCGCGGCUUCAUCUAGUCCUCAGCAACAUUCAGAUCCAGCGUGCAGUGUUUUGGAUGAUUGUUUUUAACGGGGUUACGUGGCACACGACUAUGACGGUGUUGUUGUUCGUUACGAGGUCUUCGUCGAGCUUGAAUGGGAGUCAGACUACGCCUCUAUAUAAGAUGAUGGAAAAGGUCCAGAUGACGUUUUUCUGCGUCCAAGAGUUCAUCAUCUCGGGGUUGUACAUCUGGAAAACGGUCGACAUUCUCAAGACGUCGUUUGGAAGCAAGCGCAAGUUCAUGUGGCACCUCUUCAUCAUUAACCUCGUCAUUGUGGCCAUGGACAUUGCUCUGUUGGUCAUCAUGUAUAAGAACCACUACACGCUGGAGCAGGGGAUAAAAGUGGUCGUCUACUCGAUCAAGCUCAAGCUCGAGUUUGCAGUUUUGGGAAAGCUGGUCGAAUUUGUGCAGAAC